GUGCCCCCGGUCGGAUCCAAUUUAUCUGUUUCCGGGGGGAUAUAAUUCAACAUGGAUGUGCCCCAUACCAGAAUCGCAAGAAUGAAGCAUAUCAACCUGUCCUUUGCUUCUUGUGGAUUCCUGGGAAUAUACCACUUGGGGGCAGCAUCGGCAUUUUACAAACAUGGCAAAAAAUUGCUAAAAGUUGUGAAGGCCUUUGCUGGAGCUUCUGGAGGAUCUUUGGUUGCAACCAUUCUGUUAACUGCACCAGAAAAAAUAGAGGAAUGUAAUGAAUUUACAUACAAUUUUGCUGAAGAAAUUAGAAACCAGUACUUUGGUGCCAUAACACCAGGUUAUGAUUUUAUGGCACGACUAAGAGGAGGCAUGGAGACCAUUCUUCCUCUUAACGCCCAUGAGAUAGCAAAUACUCGACUUUAUGUAUCUAUCACUAAUGCAAGAACCAGAGAAAAUAACUUAGUUUCACAUUUCCCCUCCAGGAAAGAUCUCAUUAAGGUUCUUUUGGCUAGCAGUUUUGUACCAGUUUAUGCAGGCCUGAAAGCAGUGGAAUAUAAAGGAGAGAAAUGGGUUGAUGGAGGGCUUACCAAUGGCCUUCCUAUCCUGCCUAUAGGGCGAACAGUGACUGUUUCACCUUUCAGUGGUCGAUUAGAUAUCUGCCCAGAAGACAAAGGACAGCUGGAUCUAUACAUUAAUAUGGCAAAUCAAGAUAUCAUGUUGUCUAGGGCCAAUCUGGUAAGACUAAAUCAAGCUCUUUUCCCACCAAGCCAGAGGAAAAUGAAAAUACUGUUUCAAAAUGGAUUUGAUGAUGCUACCAAGUUUUUACUAAAAGAAAAUUGGUUUGAAUAGAAUGCUUAAAGUUUAUUAUGCAAACCAAAACUUAAAGGACUUUGGGCACAGGUUCUAAUCGAGCAUGAAAAAUUGUCAUCUGUCAAAGUUUUCUUUGUCAACAGAAAAGAGAGUAAAAUGUUGUUUUUAAAAUUAAAACUUGUGUCAAUAAAAGUACCCUCAGA